AUGGUCCGAUUCGCGACUGCACUCCUAGCCCUCUCGGCAACUGCCUUGGGCGCUACUACUAUCACUUGCAGCGCCAGCAGUCAGUGUCCUGAGGACAAACCUUGCUGUUCUCAAUAUGGCGAGUGUGGUACCGGCGCAUACUGCCUGGGUGGUUGCGACCCCCAGGCUUCUUACUCCAUCGGCGCGUGUGCUCCCAUGCCUAUUUGUGAGGAAAAGAGCUACACUUGGGAGAACCUCGACAGCGCCAUCUUGAACACCGAAUAUCUCGGCGAUGCCUCCGAGAAGGAUUGGGUCUACAGCGGUUACCCCAAGAUCCAGAACGACAGCCUGGUUGUGACCAUGCCCAAAAACAGCGUUGGCACCCUCUUCGCUAACACCCACUAUAUCUGGUACGGCACUAUCUCUGGAAAGGUCAAGUCUAGCCGUGGCAAGGGUGUGGUGACUGCUUUCAUCCUGUUGUCCGACGUGAAGGACGAAAUCGAUUACGAGUGGGUCGGUGCCGAUCUGACUGCCGUGCAGACCAACUACUACUGGCAGGGUGUUCUUGACUGGCACAACAGCGCUAAUGCCAGUGUCUCUGGCGAGGAUACCUUCAACGACUGGCACACGUAUGAGAUUGACUGGCAACCCGACACCACCAAGUGGAUCAUUGACGGCACCGUCAUGCGCACCCUGAACAAGAAUGAUACCUACAACUCCACCUCCAACACCUACCAGUACCCCCAGACUCCCUCCCGUAUGCAGCUGUCUUUGUGGCCCGCCGGUGCAUCCACCUCAGCCCAGGGUACUAUCGACUGGGCUGGUGGUGAUAUUAACUGGGACAGCGAGGACAUCCAGGACAAGGGCUACUACUACGCCGAGUUCGGUAAAAUCGACGUCACUUGCUACGCCACUCCCGAUGGCACCGUGACAAAGGGUAACUCUUCAUACCUCUACACUUCCGAUUCUGGCUUGCAGGCCGAUGUCGAGGUCACUGGUAACUCCACCGUUCUGGGUUCCCUUGGUGCUACCGGUUUGGACAUGGAUUAUGGUGCCAACAGCAGCAGCACCGUCACUGGCAGCGACAGUGUGCCCACCAACGAGGGUGGCUCUGGUGGUAGAACUGGAACUGACUCUAGCACCGGUUCUGACUCUGCCUCAACCACUGAUACCACUUUCAACCAGGGUACCACCACUAGCGCCUCUAGCAAGGGCGGUGCUGCUGGCCAGAAUGAGCGGGUUCUUCGGGGCUCGUUCUUCGCUGUGCUGGUGGCUGUUGUCGUUCUCGUGACACUUUAA